UUCUAGCCCGGCCCGCCGCGUCAAAAUUCCUAGCUUGCUGUGGUCGUCGGCUGUCGGCUCGUCGCCAAGUCCGUCCGUUCCGUUCCCUAUCGGCAGUUCUCUUCUUCCCCCGGGGAGACGACCAGCAGCAGCAGCAGCAGCAGCAGCGGAGCAGCGCUGCCGCGAUGGACCGCGUCCAGUUCGUGCUCCUGGGCCUCCCCAUCCUCCUCUUCUGCUCCGACGUCGUUACCCUCUUCGCGCCGCUGCCGCCGGCGGCCCCGCAGCCCGACCGCCAGUCGCGCCCGGGCCCCGACGCCGUCCAGCCCGGCGACCCCUCCGCCGCCGACGCUUCUGCGCAGGCGGAGCCGCAGGUGGAUGGACCUGGCUCCGGCACCACCGUCGACUUGAAGUUUUGCGCCUCCUGCUCGUACAGGGGAACUGCAAUGACCAUGAAGCGGAUGCUGGAAACCUCAUUUCCUGGGAUUCAUGUUGUGUUGGAAAAUUAUCCUCCACCAUUCCCCAAACGUGCACUCAGCAAAGCUGUUCCUCUUCUUCAAGUUGGAGCCAUGGCAACAUUAAUGGCUGGUGAUCAGAUCUUUCCUAGAUUUGGAAUGGUUCCACCUCCAUGGUACUACUCAUUGCGUGCUAAUAGAUUUGGAACCAUGGCAUCAAUCUGGCUGUUUGGCAAUUUCGCUCAGUCAUUUCUACAGAGCUCUGGUGCCUUUGAAGUUUAUUGCAAUGGGCAACUGGUUUUCUCAAAACUGUCUGAGCAGAGAUUUCCCAGUGAGCUUGAGCUACAGGAACUCAUUGGCAACAGGAUACUGGAUUCUCAGGAGCUCAUUAGCAGCAAGAUACCGGAUUCUCAGGUUGGGGAAGACCUGGAAAAUGAUCUGGUCUUAGAUGAUGACAGUGAUGAUGACGAUGAUGCCGCUAUACUCUAGUUUCAUCCAUUUUGCUACUAAAUAGACUGUCACAACUUUAUUGCCAAACACACAAUGUCUUAGAAUUCUAGACUUUUAUUUUCCCCACUUAUGUACAUGUGUAUACCAUGGCUGUGUAAUAACAAAGUUGAAGUCAUGUGAACUCUGAAACCAGAGUUUGCAAUGCCGGGCGUGUGCCCAACCCCAACUCCCUGCAGAUUUCAGAAUUUGCACGGCCCUGACGGGUAUGCUAGCUCGGUACGGUAACCUGGUUUAGAGCAGCAUGCGGAACGCAGGUGACCUGUAUGUACAAAGACCGCAAAGCAUGAGUAUCGCAUGGAAUCGGGAAAUAUCUCUACAUUCAUGCAGAUG